AUGGCACACCGCAUCGGUCGCAGAAAGAACGUCAAGAAGGGAUUUCAGUUCACCCUUAUGGUUGUCGGUGCCUCUGGUCUCGGCCGCACCACCUUCAUCAACACGCUGUGCGAUGCUGAUGUUGUCCCCAAGCGCGAGUGCGACGAGCCCGAGAUGGCUCAUGUCGAGGAGGCCAUCAAGAUCAAGCCCUACACCGUCGAGCUCGACGAGGAUGGUGUCAAGAUCUCGCUCACCGUUGUCGAUACUCCCGGCUUUGGCGACAUGAUUGACAACGAAUACUGCUUCCAAGAGAUUCUGGGAUAUCUGGAAAGACAGUACGAUGAUAUUUUGUCGGAGGAGUCCAGGAUUAAGCGUAACCCUCGCUUCCGCGACAACCGUGUCCACGCCCUCCUCUACUUUAUCACCCCCACCGGUCACAGCUUGAGAGAGAUCGACAUUGAGUUGAUGAAGCGUCUCAGCCCCAGAAUCAACGUUAUCCCUGUCGUCGGAAAGGCCGAUACCUUCACCCCCCAAGAGCUUGCUGACUUUAAGAAGAGGGUCAUGGAGGACAUUGAGCAUCACAACAUCCCAAUCUACAACUUCCCCUACGACCCCGAAGAGGAUGAUGAGGAGACCAUUGAUGAGAACAGCGAAUUGCGAUCCCUUCUCCCCUUCGCCUUGAUCGGAUGCGAGGAGGAGAUCAUGGUCAACGGCCGCAAGGUCCGAGGCAGACAGUACCCUUGGGGUAUUGUUGAGGUCGACAACACCCAGCACUGUGACUUUGCCAAGUUGCGCUUUGCCCUUCUCAGCUCGCAUUUGCAGGACCUCAAGGAGAUCACUCACGACUACCUCUACGAGAACUACCGUACCGAGAAGCUGUCUCGCAGUGCGGAGAACUUGUCCGACUAG